AUGGACGGCCACUUUGAGGAGGACAUCUUUGAAAACGAUUUCAUAAUCUCAACAUCUCUAGGCUUUGGAUCAUUUGGGGAGGUGAAGCUGGCCUGCCACCUUCCCACAAAUACACAGGUUGCAGUCAAGGUGCUUGAGAAAAAUCACAAUGCUGUCUCUGGCAUCCAGUCUGAAGUACAGAUCCUUCAAUCUUUGGAACACAGAAACAUAGUUCGAUUUUUUCACAUCAUUGAUACACAGAAAAUGUCUUAUGUGUUCAUGGAGUAUGUUCCAGGAAGGGAUCUGCAGAUGCUCCUCAAGAACAUAGGGUACUUAAAGGAGGAGGACGCUAGAUCAAUAUUCCAACAGGUCGUGUCAGCAGUGCAUUUUCUCCACAAAAGACGUAUUGCCCAUCGUGACAUUAAAUUGGAGAAUAUCCUCGUUGACGGAUGUGGAAACAUCAAGCUUUGUGAUUUUGGAUUGGCAAUUCAGCUCAAAGAGGGGCAGAUGUUGAAGAAGGUCUGUGGAUCCUUGCUCUAUGUGGCUCCCGAGAUCUUAGCAAGGAAACCAUACGAUGGUCUAGCUGGUGACAUGUGGAGCUUGGGAGUUGUCCUAUAUGUACUGGUCACAGGACAAUAUCCAUAUUUUGAAACAACAGCUCAUGAUUUGUACAGGCUCAUCACAAACACAAAAUUGGCCAUUCCUUUCCACCUGUCACAAGCCUGUCAUUUCAUCAUUGCACAAUUACUCCAGGUCUCCACCCAGCACAGGAUGACGAUUUCUCAGCUUCUGCAAAGAAAAUGGCUGGGCCAAAUUGAAGAGGUUGUACAAUCUGCAAGUAAAGAAACCCUUCUCAGGGUCCUUGACACUAUGAUUAGUCUAGGCUAUCCUCAUGGAGAGAUUGUGUCAUCCCUAAUACACAGACAACCAAAUAGAGUCACAGCUACUUUCAAUAUUCUGAAACACAAACUGAGCUGUGAGGACAGUCAUCAUCAAAAUGAGAAGCCCUGGGUCAUCCAAAGACCUGAUCAUGCCCUUCCCCCACUUCUCCCCUUGAAGAGGACAGCCAGUGAACCAGCCUUUCUGGCAUUUUGGCAGGUGGGAAGGUUCCUCUCAGGAGGUUUGUAUGAAAGGAUGAGGAAAGAGAUACUGACGCUCUAA